GUCAAGGGCGGGGGUCAUGGCAUGGCGCCGACGUUCAGCUCCACGACUGGGAUUCACAUCUCGAUGGUUGGUUUCUCCAAGAUCCGCUACGAUUCACAAAAUCAGGUCGUCGAAAUUGGCUCUGGCUGCCUUUGGGCCCAGGUGUAUAGCAAGCUCGCACGCACAGGGCGCAACAUCGUCGGAGGGGCAUCGGCAGAUGGUGUCGGUGUCGGCGGCUGGUUGGUUGGUGGAGGUUACUCCCUGAAGAGCAACUGCCAUGGCCUUGGGAUCGACAAUGUCGUCGAAUUCGAGAUUGUCACGCCCGAUGGCCGUGUGCGCACAGCCAAUGCGGAUAAGAACAGUGAUCUAUUUCAAGCUUUGCGCGGCGGAGGAAACAACUUCGGCAUUGUCACCAAGUUCACCCUUAGGACCUUUGCCCAAGAGACAUCGACCUAUGUUUGUUUCGGCUUUUUAAGUCAACAUCUGCGGAACUGA